AUGGCAAAUGCUAUUAUUAUACUUGAAAAAGAUAAUUUAACAGAACAUAAUGAAUUUCAAUCAGAAUUUGAACAAAUAAUAGAAAGUUAUUCAAAUUUAAUUGAGUAUGAUGAUGAUAUGUUUAAUAAUAAUCUUGAAGAAUUAGAUAAAGAUUAUGUUUCUGAUGAAGAUGAUUUAGAUGAAAUUAGACAAUUUGAUUGCAAAAAUUUAGAGAUUAAUAAAAUAAUAGAUUUUAAGGCUUAUCUAUAG